AGGGUGUCGAUUCUCAAGCUGGAACAUUGGAGAAAAAAAAAGAUACUGUAUUUUUACACAUAAAACAGGCAAAAAGAAACGGAUGUGCUUCAGGAAACGCAGCGGCUACCACCCUCCAGAUCAUUUUAAUGCAAACAUUGAGAGGUCCGCGGCCUGCGGGGGGAUGACAUGCAUGUGUCCAGGCAUUUAACAUCAUUGAGGAUUUUAAGACUAGUAGGCUGCCCUCCGCCAAGCCAUGAUGGACAUUCUGUACACAGGCCCUGUCCCGGCAGACCGCGAGUCUCCGAUGGCGGGGAGCGAGACGUCCCCCGGCCGUGCACAGCAUUCCUCCCCCACACAGAAACCCAAUACCUGCUGCUUCUGCUGGUGCUGCUGCUGUAGCUGCUCAUGUCUCACUGUUAGGAGUGAAGAUGCAAAGCGCGGGCGGAGGAAAGCCCUGGAGACUAAGCUAGAGCCCUUUCCAUGUGAAACUUGCACCAAACCGACGGUGGAGGAGAUUAAACAGUGGGCGCAAUCUUUUGAUAAGCUGAUGAAGAACCCGGCAGGGAGGAACAAGUUCCGCGAGUUCCUUCGGACGGAGUACAGUGAGGAGAACAUGCUCUUCUGGUUGGCCUGCGAGGACCUGAAGAUGGAGAUCAACAAGAGUGCCAUCGAGGAGAAAUCACGUGUGAUUUACGAAGACUAUAUUUCCAUCCUCUCACCCAAAGAGGUGAGUCUGGACUCUCGAGUGAGGGAAGUGAUCAACAGGAGGAUGCAGGAUCCAACCCCUCACAUAUUUGAGGACGCACAGCUGCAGAUCUACACCCUCAUGCACAGAGACUCCUACCCACGAUUCCUCAACUCCUCCAUCUACAGAUCACUGGUGCAGGGGGGGUCACGCUCUUCGUCUGAGUCAUAGACCCCCUCUCUCUCCCUCUGUCUCACAUUCUCUCCACCCACCCCUCUGUUUCUCCCCAUUUCUCUCCAUUGCAAAACUACUCAAGGAGAAAGUACUCCUUUUAUUGUGUCAUCAUGGUUGGAUUAUUGUUUUUAUUUUUUCCCCCUUGGUCAAUGCUCCUAUGUCAUUUUUGAGGGAAUCCCUCAUUUUUUGGUGUUUCUCCUGAAUCUGCACAGACUGAAACUGGAAGACACGGGGUUGAAAAUGCUUUUGUCUUUAUUUUUACGUUAAACACAUUUUACUUCUGUCUUCUGAUGUCUCUAGUUAAAAAGAGCUGAGAGGGCCUCAGCAAUAACAUAUACUGGAGUGACCUGACCAAUCUGCUCCUCUCUCCUCAACCGUGUCCAUUUUCUAUGUGCUCUGAUUGGCUCUCUGAGGCGAGAGGCUGAGUGGCGAUUGGCUGGUUGAUUGUAAAGAGAGGAAAGGCACUUUUUCCAGGUGCAAAAUGAAUAGGUACAAACCAAUAUUUAGAAUACUAAUCAAUUUACAGACCCAGGCGGAAUCUGAUGACCGUAUUCGCAUUUUCUGCACUGCUUUUCGAAGGAAUUCUGUGGAAUGAAUUUAAAAAUGGUAAAAUGUGUUAAAUAGAGUACUACAUUCUUAUUGGUAGCUGUAAGCAUUUCACAUUAGCCAAAAUAUUUAACAAACAAAAAUGUCUGGGGCGCCAGAUGUGUAGAACUUCAUCAAUGACAGACGUUCCAAUUGUGCAGAAAUCUGUGGAGAUUUCUGCAGAUACAGGUUCCGUAUGGGCCUGGCCAUUUCUAAUAACUGAUAUCAAUAAGAUGAGAUAGAGGACCAGCGAUUUGAGAUAAAUCAAAGAAAAAAACAUGAGAGAAUGCCAGGGUUUUAAUUAGACUGGUCACUCAAACACAUUUCAAAUUGAGUAUUUUUAAUGUUAUUUAUUUUUUUAUUAAACUGUGAUUUGAUUUUUUUUUCUUGUACAUACAGUAUAUUAAAGAAAGCUGGAAAAGAUGCGACAUACUGAGCAAGCUGUUGGUACUGAGUGUUCAAUAGCACUGUAUCAGCCCUCACUGUGUGUGUGAGUGUGUUUCUAAGAGGUUGUUGGGUGUAAAAAUCACAAGUUUCUCUGGUGCCUCCUGUAGGUAGGAUAAGGUACUGCAGUUGAGCGUAAUAGACCAUUUCUAUCCGUUUUUGCUUCAGUCCUGGUAAACUGUUUUUCUGUGUUUCUGUCUGUUUUUCUGUCAGAAAUGCCUAGGGAUUUUUUUGAGCAGCAAAUAUGAGACACAAAAUCUUAGCUGUGUUUAUUAGAGACACAAAACUAUACGAGAACGCCGCUCCAACUGUUUUCAGUUACUUAAUAGAUCAUGUGUGUUAUAUUGUUUUUCGGCUGCAUUAAAAGAACAAUUCUCUGAAACACAAGAGAAUCUAUGGCCACUUUAGUACAGAAAACCUGUUAAACUGCAGUAAAAUUGCUGGAUUAACCUUUUCCGACAAAUUUACCACAUCUGCUAUUCACACAUGAUAUAGCGUUCCAUCUUUUAUCUGUUUUGAUACCAUUCACACAUCAGCACCAAAAUGCCAUUGAAACUCUGUGAUGUCACUUGCCCAAAAUGCCCUUCUCGGAAAGAGAGAAGCGCUAAAUUCGGAAUCGCACUCUACCAUUCCACUCCUACUAUUUCUGCUCUAUACAGAAUUUAGCCAAGGUAUUUCAUUUAACUGUUAUUUCUACAUGUAUAUAAUGUAAUAAUUAAGAUUUUCGACUCACUGGCUCAAACUCUUUGACAGCAGAUUUCUUACAUCAAAGCGUCCUCACCUCAUACAUGCUGAAACCGGUAAUCUUAUGGCUCUGUUCACGCAGAAUCAAUACAGAUAUUUUCCGACAUAUUUUUGUGACGAAAAAUUGCCCUUUUCACACAUGACCAAAUGGAAAUGUGUCUUUUGAAAAAAGGUGUUUUCUCAUGCCUUUUACACACUGUGUGUUUUUAAGGGGACUUUCUCCUACAAUAUUUGUUAGCAUUAGCAAGAAAAAGCACUGCUUGAGUUGUAUACACUGUACAGGUAGCCUUACAAAGAAGCCAUUAGCUGCUAUAAAAACCCAUUUGAAGUCAACAAGAAAUCAAAAUUGUAUCUAUUCAUUUAUUUACAGGUCCCUAGUCUUAUACUAAAAGAUUCGUCUGUGCACAUUAUUAAAAUGUUAAUUUUGGGGGGCAAAACACAAAGCACAUAUGGGUUUCCAUAUAGGAACAUUUCAAUUAUGUCACUCCAAACAUUACAAGUUGCUCGCUCAGAUAGUGAAUCAAUUUCAGUGUUAUGCGUGCACUCAUGCUAAAGCUUGUUUCCUUAACAGAUGCCUUCGACGUUGACAUAUUGUUCACCCCAAAAGGACAAUUCUGUCAUUGUUUACUCGUGUUGUCCCAAACCUGUAUGACUUUAUUUCUUCUGUGGAACACAAGGAGAUAUUAGCUGAAAGUUUACCUCAGUCACCUUUAACUUUUAUUGUUUGAAAAAAAAAAAAAAAAAAAAAAAAGAUGCAAUAAAAGUGAAUGGUGACUGAGAGUGUCAGUGUGCCUAAAGUCUCCUUUUGUGUUACAUGGAGAUCAAGAAAGAAAGUCAAGGUUUGGAAUAACAUGAAGCUUAGUAAAUAACAAUUUUCAUUAUUGGGUUAACUAUUCCUUUUAACCAGCUAGAUAUUAAGAAUAUAGGGAAGAUGACGACAGUGGAAUUGGUUGAGUUAGUGUUAACACUGUGAGCUGCAGUACCGCUCGAAUGUUUUUUUGUUUGUUUGUUUAUCUAAACAUUUCUUAAUGUGAAUCUGAAACCCAAUCAGUACUGUGCAAAUGGGUCCACACGACAGCGGAGGAAAUCCAGCAUGGAUUUUAUCAUAGAAUUUGUCUUUUUAUAUCCGCACUGAUCUGAAUAUUGAUUAAUGAAGAGGAUGUGUGUAGAAUCUUGUGUUCUCGUCCACUGGAAUUUAGCGUUUCCUGUAAGCAUCGAUUCUUAAACAGUGGUGGUUUCAUGCUCCUUGUAGUUUGAGAAACUGAUCGAGACCAGGGCUGCGUUCCACUUUACUUUAAACAUCCACUCGCUAACUCCCCUAAACACUUUCCCUCGGGGGAAUCCCCACCGCCAUUUUGAAAGUCCGUUCCACUUUAUUAAGUGAGCGAGGGAAGUUUCUGCUGACAGACCCUCAACCUCUCGAUUUUGGCCGAGGGAAUGAGCCUACUUAGAUGUACACUUCAGGGAGCUCCAUAUCCCACAAUGCAACUCGAUUGUGACAUUAAAGCAGAUCGUGCUUCAUCAACCCCACCCUCACACAACUCUAAUGUAUGAUGAAAGUUAGGUCAAUUAAGCAGUUUAGAAAAGUUAUAUUGAGAUUUAACAGCAUAAUACUUGUAGCUACCUUAAACUGUUUAUCACACAGUUAUAGCCUGUGUUCAUUGUUGUUACCAUUUUCGUUUUUGUAAAGCUUGAUUAAUCCUUUCUAACAAUUAAUUCUUAUAAAAAUAUUUUUUUAAACAUAUAAGAUUUAUACAUAAGCCUCUGACAUUACAACUAAUCUUUACCUCAAUCUGUGGUUGCAUCAAUCUCCAAAAAACAUUGUUUUCUCAGGUGCAAAAAUCACUAAAUAGUUCCACAAACUGACAUCAGCUCUCAACAUGCUCCAAGUUAUCAAGGGUUUAGGAUGUUCCAGUUAAACCCAUUGCACGGGUUCUACCAGUAGUGGACACUCACGCAACGUUAGCAAUGACAAAGUGGAACGCAGCCCUGUAUUUGAGAGAAUUCUCAAACAAUAUCAGAACUCUCAUUUCAUAUUGAAAUGGGAUAGAAGCAUCCACAUCCGCCUGGUACUUCCUGGUGUUUUCAGGAUUUGGUUAUUUGUAAAUAUAUACAUCAGAGCAAAAUAUACAAAUCUAUAUUCAAAUAAGAAAGCUUAAAAACAGACUUUGCAGACAGUGGGAAUUUAUAGGAUUUAGUCAUUUAGCAGUUUUGUCAAACACAAUUUAGAGGAACUUCAUGUACUCUAGUACCAAAAAAACAAAAAAAAAAAAAAAAAAACAAUGAAAUGCCUUUAUUUUACUUUUUCAUUAGUUGUGCAUGAAGAUGUACAUUUUUAAAUAUAUGUGUAAUAUAUGUGUGUAUAUGGGUAUAUAUGUACAUGAACAUACAGUAUAUUUAGUAUUGCUCUUAUUGUCCUAAAUGAUGUGACCAGUCUAACUUAAGCCAGAUGGAUUUCUGACUGUGUGUGUGUGUCUGAUGAAACAGUUAUGUACAGUAUAAGGUCAUGUGAACUAGUAAUAGGACAACUGGAGAGAGAGAUCAGUAUAAUUGAGGCCUUUAACAGCUCACUCUCAAUAUUAUUACACGGAUACGCACAGUUACACACAAUCCCAUUCUUUAAAUAAUAUACACUUUAAAACACAGUAAAAGAGGUGAGUGUGCUCGUGGACCUCUCAGAGUUUCACUUUGCAUGUGCAAUUUGCAUUCACACUAAAACCGAUUAAAUUGCUGGAGGGUCGCCAAGCCACUGUACUGUAUGAUCAUAGCUUCCAACUGUCUCACAAGGCAGAUCACAUGAUCUCCACUGUCAACACACCCAUUGGUAGUCACAGCUCAUUUACAUAACAUAAAACUUUGUCGCAUCAUCAAUGGUUGCUGUUGUUUAUGUCGCCUCAAAUUGCAAUCUCAUCAGAAUUAUAGACUUUCUUUGGAUUUGUCGCUGCAAAUCGCUGUCAGUGUGAACGCAACACACUGUAAAUGACGGAUUUUCAACAAAAUUUGAACACUCCUAUUAAAAACUAUCCAAAUCUAAACAAAGCUGUCUACGUUACAGGUGUUUGAAACAUUAAAAACACAAAAAUGGUACAUCGGAAAGCAAACUUGCAGUGUGGAUAGUUUUGCUGCUUUUAAUAGGUACUUUAAAUAACGUUAAACUCUGUUCAACUUUGUCGCACCCUCAAAGAUUACCGUCGCUCAUGUCGCCUCACAUUGCCAACUCAUCAAAAAUGAACAACUUCCUGUUGCUUUGUUGCUGCAAAUCGUUGUUAGUGUGAACAUACCACUACACGAUUCAGUUUGUGGCUUUUAUAUAAUCAGCGAAACUGUCUACACUGUAGUGCGGACAACUUCGUUGAUUAUAAUCAAUAUAAUUCUAAUUUGUCGCGACAAAUUUAUCUACACUGUAAGUCUGCAAAACAUUCAGAACAAAAAAAAAAAAAAAAAAAAAACGGUACCUCGAAAAGCAUGCUUGUAAUGUUGACAGCAUUUUGAUUAUAAUAGCAGUAUUCUAAUUUGUCACAUUAAAGCUGUCGACAUUGCAAGUAUGCGAAACAUUCCAAACGCAAAAACGGUACAUGGAAAAGCACGCUCGCAGUGUGGAGAACUGCGUUGAUUAUAAAAGGUGCAUUCUAAUUUAGCGCAACAAAGCCACCUACACCGCAAGUGUGCGAAGCACUGAAAAACGGUGCAUCACUUGUAGUGUGGACAACUUUGUUAAUUUUUGAAUGUUUUCAUUUAAUUUUAUUUUUUUGCAUCUUUUGCUUGCAGUGUACAAACUGUGGAAAAGUAGGGGGCAUCGUUUCCCAGAUGAUACUCAUCCACUUUCAGCUGAAAAGGGUUGCACAGAACAGACAAGACUUUCACAAACUUGUUUUUGAUUGGAGACAGGGACUGUGACCUAGAGCUGCUUAUGUUUACAUAGAUUCCUUUAAGGUGCCAAAUUAAUCUAGCCUUCUUACAGUCUCAAACUAAGGACAUUUGUGUGGAUGCGUGAAUACAAGAGCAGGUCUGUGUCAAUGUGUUUUUUGUUUUUUUUUUAAAGAUGUUUGGUUUCAGUGUUUUAAUUCAAAUCAAGAACUCUAAGUGUGCACCUCACAUGCCAGCCUCAAUUUUGCCAUAUCACUUAAACUCAUUUACCUUUCUUAAUUUUCUCCUCUCUCAGCCACAUAUUUUCAUGAGAUUUGCAGUGCCAUGCCAUAUAGCAGUGAGAUUGGUCUCUCGCUCAUGGACUUCUUUGGACACUUAUUUAUUGACAUUAGCAUUAUAUUUUGUAUUAAAAUAAAUCAAGUUAUGUUUUAAAGAGUACAUUUAUGGAUUUCUGGACCAUUUUUUUUGUUUCCUGAAGUCUAUGGCCAUUACUGUGUAAACUCUAGUCACCUUUAUUUGCCAAAAACAGGGCACAUUCUUCAGGUUGUGGUUGGGAUGGACUAGAGGUCCCCUUUAACCCAGACCAGCUCAUUACCGGAAUUCAAAGAGGAUUUCUUCAUGAACUCGUCUGUAAUAUUCCAUGACUCUGACUUGGUUGCAGAAUUGUUUGAAUGUUUUUUAAAGAGAAAAUAUGACUAUAAUGAUAAUAAUAAAGAUGUUUGUGUUAUUCA